AUGCCCGAAUGUUUUCUCGCUGAAAAAAUUGAAACAGUGAUAGCAGUGGAAGGUGGCAAAGUGGACCUCCAGUGUGAUAUCACACCCCCAUCCCGAGACGAUGACGUAGCCCUGGUGUUGUGGUACAAAGAUGAGAGCACGACCCCCCUCUACAGCCUCGAUUCUCGGAGGCGGGGACUCUAUCAAGCAAAGCACGCCCCAGGACAAGAAAUAAUGGGGAGAGCGUUUCUGGAUAUGUCCACUCAUCCGACUGUUCUGAAGCUCGAGAAGCUGAAAGCAGAGGACGAGGGCGAAUAUAGGUGUAGGGUGGACUUCAAAAUAGCAAGGUCCAGGAACUCCCUUGUGAUACUGGAGAUUAUUAUUCCUCCAAAAAAACCAGUGAUAAAAGACAUUAACGGAGAAAUCCUGCAAAGGGUCUCCGGAGCUCAUAAUCUUGGAUCCAGACUUGUGCUCAUAUGCGAAGUGGAAGGAGGAAAACCACCUCCAUCAGUCACGUGGUGGAAAGACUCAGUUCUGCUGGACGACACAUUCCAAGUCCACUCCCACGUGGUGCGCAACGAGCUCGUAGUGGACUCGCUGGACAGAAGUGACCUGCACACGAGCUACGCUUGCCAUGCCUCGAAUAACAAUAUAUCUCUACCCGCUGUUACAUCUGUCAUGGUGGACAUGAACCUUCCACCUGUUGAGGUCCAAAUAGAAGACAAGAGGAGAGCGCUAUCAGCACAAAAACCAGUGGAGUUGGUGUGCCGAGCAGGAGGCUCACGACCUCCAGCUAACAUUACGUGGUUCAUUGGCAACCAACCCCUCAAGGGCACCAAGGAGAAAAUAUCCUCAGAAGGCAACAUCACAACAGGGAGACUCAUCUUCAUCCCAACCAUAGAGGACAGGGGAAAGAACAUAUCCUGUAGGGCAGAAAAUAUGUUGAUUCCGGGGAGCGCCAUAAAGGAUGAGUGGAAAGUGGAUGUCCAUUUUGUUCCACAAUUGACACUAAAACUUGGCAGCAAACUUCGACAUUCGCAUAUACAAGAAGGAAAGGACGUGUAUCUAGAGUGCGCCAUCAUCGCCAACCCUUCCGUCUCCGAGAUUGGAUGGAAGUUUGAAGACAAGGAAUUGCACACCAAUAAGUCGGCUGGAAUCAUUGUCAGCAAUCAAUCAUUGGUCCUACAAAGUGUGAGGCGGAGCAACAGGGGAAGAUACACAUGCACUGCCGACAAUUCAGAAGGCAAAGGCGAAAGCGCACCCCUUUACCUGAAAGUUCAAUAUGCUCCGGUGUGCAAGUCUGACCAGAAGCUACUGUAUGGCGUUGCAAGACACGAACCGGUUAAAGUCACCUGCGAAGUGGAAGCCGAUCCUUCCAGAGCGAAUUUCACAUGGAAAUUCAAUAACUCGGUCGAAAGCAUGGACAUUCUUUCUUUUGCAAGCGAAGAAAGCAUCAGCAUAGCCACUUACAUACCACGGACCGAGUACGACUAUGGGACGUUAUUAUGUUGGGGGAAAAACUCUGUUGGCACGCAGAAGGAACCUUGUGUAUUUACAGUCAUACCAGCAGGACCUCCUGAUCCUGUCCAGAACUGUAGCGUCAGCAACCACACGGAAGAAUCACUGAUGAUCAAAUGCCAAGAAGCUUACGACGGCGGCCUACAACAGAGUUUCAUUCUGGAGACUUACGACGCUGACCAUGUCGUCAUGCUGAACAAUAUGACCAAUCCAACGCCAGUUUUCACAGUAUAUGAUCUGACACCAGGAACCAGUUUCGUGAUAAUAGUGUAUGCCUAUAACUCCAAGGGUAGAAGUGAACCUAAAAUUAUAAGAACGAGUACGUUGGCAACGCCCGAAAGCCUUACACAAAGAGAUGAUCCUUGGCAGGCUACAUUCAGUCCUGUGCUCAUAGUUCUCAUAUGCGUUGUCAUUGUUCUUAUCCUUAUUGUGGUUGUUAUCAUCAUAAUAGUCAAAGUAAGAAGUAGACCAGACAGUGAAAAAGAAAACCAGAAACAUGGAAAUGACAAAUCGACAACCCCUCUUCGGCAAGACACAGACGACAGACGAGAAAUUAUGACAACAGCUUUGGAGACAGAAGAUAAAUGCCCGGAUGUCAUACCAGGAGUGGAAAUGUCUUCGGAUCCUAUGAAGGUUGGGGACAUCCACAAACCGGACAUCCACGGUGACAACCUGCCGUGGGAGACAAGGCUGGUCAACGAAACGAACACCGCCUUCAGCAGCAUGGACUACGGACCCAACAACUGGGGUGUUCACCAGAGACCUCUCCUGAAGCAGGUGCCUUCACCCUCCGUUCCUCAGCUACCCCCUGGGCCCAUCCAACCCCUGAGAGAGUAUACCUCCCCCAACCAGCAUCCCCCUGUGCCCCUGCACCACCCCGCCGCCCUGUCUCCGGUGGGCAGCCCCACGUCGACGACGACGCUCAGGGCGGAGUGGACCAUCCCCAGGGCGGCCACCAACAAAGUGAAGAACAGACAGACAGACGUAUGAGAAUGACAGAAGCGCAUUAGGUGCAAGGUAUAGAAUACACCAGGAGUUCUUCAAAUUUCCCCGCCAACUCAUGUUCUCUAAAAAGUUGAGAAUCAACAGCGGCUGGGCAAUCCCAAAAUCUUAUGAUAUGGGCCCGAUAAUUGAAAAAAAAGGGAAAAUAAAAACUUGUGUGCUGAGGUGCUUUUUUACCAACCCCUCAUUAAGUGUGACAAGUGCAUUUUGUGUGUGGUGCUAAUCCCGGUCGUCUCACACCUUUUCAAACUCGAUCUUACGUUCUCUCAUUCUUACAAGCCCCGCCCCUUCCUCUUGGAACCUUAUCGCUGAUAUAUCGUGACAGAAAUGCACAAAAGACUACUUCGAACUCUCUGGUCAGUCAUAACCCUAACUUUAUGAUUGGUUACUGCAGACUGACACGACUAAUCGACUGUGGGUUCUGAUGCACGGAUUGGUGGAUUUUGAAUUGUGCAAGAAUCAGAUUGGUGGAAGCUGAAAACUCCAUGUUGUUGAUGGUAUUACAAUUGAAGUCACCUGCUGUCAGAAUGUUGCUGUAAUUACCAUAAGGAGAUAAAGCUACAACACUUUUAAGUUUGAUAAUGUAUAAAUUAAAUCUGAAUUUGCUUACAUUUGAAUGGAAAUGUAAAUAUUCAUGUUUGUGUGAAUUCAAAAAUUAUAAAACCAUAUUGAGCUAACAUAUAUAAACCAUAUUUAUUACAAUUGAUACUAUCCGCAGCAUAAAGUUCAGCAUUUAAGGCUAACUAUUUUAUAAUCAUGCUGAGGAUUAUGCUAUAUAUUAUUCUGUGUGUAUUUCAAAAAUACAUUGACGCUAUGUAUUUCUUAAUUGAGUGUCAAUUUGGUUAAGAUAUGUAUGAUAAAGUUAGUAAUAUUUACUAAGAGUGUGCAACAGAUCGACGUGAAAUUAAAUUUCUGAUAUAAUCAGAUUAUGAACUAAAAUUAUAAGAUGGAAUAAAGAAAAACGGCGUUAAAAAAUGUAUGUAAAGAUAGAUAAUUUAAAAUAUCAUUCAAAUAAUUCGUUAAAGGCUGCUAUUAUAUAAAUAAGAUAAAAUGUUCAAAACACGGUAAAUAAAUAAAUAUGUUUUAUUGAACAUGUAUUGAUGUGUGAAGAUUUUAUUGUCAAGAAUGUUUCAUUAGUUUAUUUUGUUUCAUAAAGUCUGGAUGUAUGUCUCAGGUAGCACAAUCUGUAUUACAAUAUUGUACUAUAUUAUAUAAUAUUAUUCAAUAUUAUACGAUAUUGGGAAUAUUGUUUUAUGUCAUAAAAUAUUGUACUAAGGUACCAUUG